AUGUACAGCAGAUUGGCAUAUCGGGCACAGCAGACUAGCACAUCACAUACAGAAGACUGCCACGUUGGGUACAGAAGACUGGCACAUUGUGUACAGCAGACUGGCACAUCAUGUACAGCAGAUUGGCACAUCGUUUACAGCAGAUUCGCACAUCGCAAACAGCAGAUUCGCACAUCACGUACAGCAGACUGGCACAACGUGUACAGUAGACUGGCACAUCACAUACAGCAGACUGGCACAUCGGUUACAGCAGAUUUGCACACCGCGUACAGCAGACUGGCACACUGUGUACAGCAGACUGGCACAUUGCGUACAGCAGACUGCACAUCAUGUACAGCAGAUCUGCACAUCAUGUACAGCAGACUGGCGCAUUGCAUACGGCAGACUGGCACAUCACGUACAGAAGACUGGCACAUUGCAUACAGUAUAUUGGCACAUCGCAUACGGCAGACUGCUUUUAGGGGACAUAUGCAGCAAUUCAGUGAUGUAAACAUACUGUCCUUAGGCCAUCGCUAUCAUCAACAAAUUCCAGUCUUUGUGGGUCAUUACACAGUUAUAUAG